AUGUUGCUCGCACCAAGCUCGGCGGCGGCGCUGGACGAACCUGUGAUGACGUACCGCGGCGAGCUGGAGAACGUGGUCUUUGGCUUUGCUGGCGGUUUGGUGGCGGAUACUAACUCGGGAAUGGGAAGCUGUUUGACGGCGUCGGGCAAAGUGGACGACGAAAAGAAUCUUCUUAUCGCCAUUGGUGCCUAUCAAGAUCGCAAUGAUGUGACUACCUCGGGCACGGUCCUUCUCAUCUAUGCUGGUGUCAAUCAGACAGGCAAGAGUGAUGAUGUUACUCUGAAGCACAUCGCUCCGCCUCCGCAAACUUACGGCUUGGAUCAGCCAAAGUACCGCUUUGGCGCAAGAUGCAGGAGCUCGCUAGUGGCUGGAAGCUUUGUCGUUGUCUCGUCGGACAUGGACGACAGUGUGGCCAAGCUGGAGCCGCCCACCGAGGCCGUCUUCAUCUUUCAGCGUGGCCUCGUUGAUCCCGACACCUUUACCAUGGUGGCAGAGUUUAACUCGACCGUCAUGGCCGCGUUGUUUGGCGACAUCGACCUGGUCUCGGACAACUUUGGCAAGGCGCUCGAGGUCGACGACCGCGGCAUCGUGUUCAUCGGUGACGGCUCCAAUGCGCGAGUCUAUGAGAUCCGCCACAACGCGAGCAGCCACGGAACGUGGUACGUUCACGCGGCACACAGCUCGCCGUCCGGCUACAAGGACGGAUUUGGCGCGGCAUUGGCGGUAUCAGGUAACCUACUGGCGGUUGGCAGGCCUUACUUUGGUGGUCUUCUCGGAGGAGUGGUCGUUUACGAGUUCAACGAGACCUCGAACGAGUAUGAGCUGCACUCGACGCUCACGCUCGACUCGCCCGAAUACUCAGGCGUGUAUCUGGCCGGACAAGUUGUCGGCAUCGACGCGCUGGCGGCUGACUCUGGCGCAUCGAGCCCCGUCACGCUUGCGGCCUCGCUGCUCUCAUGGCGGUCCUCUCGCGGCGCGGUGGCCACCUACAUGUGGAACGAGACCGCAGGUGAUUGGAUGUUUGACGCGCUCAUCGAGUACCCAGGUGCGCAGCCGGGCGACCUCUUUGGCCACAACCUGCGGAUGCGGAAUGGGACCAUGGCGAUCUUCUCAAUACUCGCCAACAACUACCAGGGUUAUGGCCAUCUGUACGAGCGGACGAGCCUUUCGAGCUCUCCGGUGGCUGGCUUUGCAGUCCCGCCGCCGCCGUCGCCGCCGCCGCCAGCUCCGUCACCGCCACCGGCGCCGAUCGACUCCUCGCCGCCACCCCCCGUCGCGCCGCCGCAGGUCUGGCAGACCCCAUCGGGGGUGGGCACGUGGCUGCGAAUCAAGGAGCUUGGCAUUCCACCACAGUUUCGAAUCCCGCGCGAGGAGCCGGACACACCGGUCAACUUUGAUCUCUCCGAAGUCCGGCUUUCGCUCUUUGGCGUAUCGGUAGCCAUGCUCGAGGGAGCGGUAGUUGUGGGUGCGCCGUUUGCCAGCUUUGCGGGCACGCCACACGGCGCCUUCCUUCCGUUUGUCACUACCAGCGCCGGCAAUACCAACCGCUCGUAUGUGGACGCCUUCCCAAGGUCCCGCCGGGCCGGUGCUGGUGCCGAGAGCGAGAUUCGCUUGGCGGUGGUCGACGAUCAAGACGUGCUUCGGCGGCUUGGCGGUGACAAAGUCCAUGUUGUGGUCAUGACUGAAGCAGACUCGCUCUCGCUUCCAGAAGUAUUCGGCUUUCUGCAGUCUGGUGGCGAGCCGUCGCAGCUGCCUGGGUUUGUUGGGCGCGACAACGCGACUCACUCGACGACGACCGGGCUUUACCACAGCAGGCUGAGCUGGCUCACGACUGUGGGACGGUAUCGCGCAGUGUCGACCAUUGCUGGCUCGGGUGUGAUCCAGGGCUCUGGACAGACGUUUGAAGUCUUUCCAGACGUUUUGGACGGGAUCAACUCGCUGGUGUGGGGCGUGGGCACCGAUCCACUUGCUGCUGGGGCUGUGGUCGGCGAGCCGCUCGAUGUGUACGCCCAGGCGCGCGAUACGUUUGGCAACAACGUGACGGUGGCGAGCGAGCUGGGGUCCGGGAUGGCACUGACGGUUAUUGGAACGUCGAUUGUGGUAUCGGACAUACAGGUGCGGUACGAGGGUGACGGACUGUAUGUGGCGACGUACACGCCAACCGAACCUGGGACGUACACACUGACGGUGACGCUCGACGCGCAGCUGGCCUUCUCGACAACGGUGACGAUGCUCGCGUCGUGCCGGCCAGGCACAUACGCCCAGACCGAGACUGGGCCGUGUCUCAUCUGCGCACCCGGUGAGUACUCGGACAGUAUCAACGCCGCCGGAUGCACCAGCUGCCCGGCGUUUACCACGACGACGUCGACUAACUCGUCGUCGAUUGUCGCCUGCGUUUGCACGCCCGGGUUCUACUCUCUGACUGGCGGUGGGGUGGCGUGCGAGGCGUGCAUGCCUUUUGCCGAGUGCCCUGGCGGAACGGCUUUGCCGCGUGCGGCCAAAGGCGCGUUCCAGGUUGAUGUGACAUCGUUCAUCCGGUGCGAUCCGGAGGAUGCGUGUCUGGGCGGGAUGAACUCGCCGUGCGCGCCAGGCUACGCUGGCUUUGCUUGCGGCGUCUGCAUCGAGGGCUACUACAAGGUCAACGGGCGGUGUGAGGCGUGUCCGCAGGGCCACUCCUGGCUGCUUGUGGUCUUUGUGGUGCUGCUGGUGCUGGCGUGCCUCGCGUUCACCAUUGUGUCGGUGCUGAUGGCGCGGCGGAUGACCAAGGACCGGCGGAACCGGCGCACGACAUGGUCGCUGGCGUCUAUUGGCGCCGGCAUCACGUACAUGCAGAUCCUGGCGCUGCUUGGCGAGCUCAAGGCCGAGUGGCCAUCCUCGGUCUCGUCGUUCCUGCUCUCGUUCUCGGUCGUCAACUUUAACAUCGAGUUCUUUGCGCCCGAGUGCUCGGUCGAGUCGUCAUACGCGAGCAAGUACAUGCUGGUCAUGGGCGUACCGCUCAUUCUGGGCGGGGUCAUGGCUAUGGUCUUUGGUAUCGUCAACGUGUAUGCCUCGCUGCGGGCUGGCUCGCCGGGCGUGUGGGACGCGGAGCAACUGCAGUUCUUCAACCGCAAGAUCUCUGUGGCGACGGUCUUUACGGCGCUGCCAUUCUUGUACAUCUCGCUGACGCGGUCGACGCUCUCGCACUUUUCGUGCAUCAAGCGCGAGGACGGCAAGUGGCACAUGACCGGCAACGCCGGGCUCUACUGCUACGAUAACGAGUGGUGGGAGAUGUUUCCGGUGGCAGCAGCCGGGACGCUGCUGUAUGUGGUAGGCAUCCCUGCGCUCUUUGCCUCUGUUCUCUUUGUUCGGAAGCACAAGCUCGAUCGAGUCUCCUCGCUUGUCCGGUUUGGCUCGAUCUACCGGCUGUACAUCGACCAGUUCUACUACUGGGAGCUUGUGAUGACGGGUAAGAAGUUCAGCCUUGUGGUAUUGCAGCUCUUCUUUGGCUCGACGAUUCUCUUCCAGCUCGUCCUCCUUGUGGCGCUCUUCUCUGUGGCGGCCAUGGUCCAGCUCAAGCUCCAACCGUUCUACCGGGCGAUCCACAACUCGCUCGAGCUCGCACUCAACGUCUCUGUGUGGGCGCGGCUAGAGAGUGGCGCGCCGCGCAACGCGAUGAUCGCGGUGACGCUGGCCAUUGUCAUUAUCUCGAUGGUCAUCCUACUGGCGUCUGCCAUCCGCGAGCUGCUCUUUAUGUACCUGCUAUACAAGGCUGGUGGCGACCCGAACGCACUGCCGGCCUUUCGGCGCGACGAGUUCUGGGACACGCUACGGACGUGGUUCGAGACGCGCGGGGCGCCUGCGACCCAUGACGAUACCAUGGCCAUGGUCGGCUUUGUCGAGUCACGGAUGGAGCUUGCGGAGAACUCGGACGGCCUGUGGGAGGUGGGCGAGUCGACCGACGGUGGCAUCGAUGCUCACAAGGCGCUGCGAUUGGGCCAGGACUCGUGGACCGGUUUUGACGACGUGGUGAUCAACCCGGUCCACGACGACGAGAUGGGCACCGAGCUCACGCCUUUAGAGCGCGAGGGCUCGAUGUCGCACCUGAUAGGCACAGCGUAA